UUUCUUAUAAAGUGACCUAUGAGAGUUUUGACACUUUCAACUUGUGAUGCUCCCAUGUGUGAGAGACAGAAAGAUGGACGACAUAGAUGCCAUGUUCACCGAUCUACUUGGAGAGAUGGAUGAUCUCGCUCAGAGUUUGAAGCCUGCAGAAGACACAGCAGAAGCGGAUCCUGCCUCAAAGACAAACAGCACCUUCUCCAUUGGCUUCACAGACUUACAUGAGUCUCUUAGCGAACUGGAAGACCAUGACCUGGAUGCUCUCAUGGCUGAUCUCAGAUCAAAAUCCACCACCUCAGAAGUUUCCACAGACCGACAGACCAGCAGCUGUGUGGAUAAUCAAACAGCAGCGUCAGGCGUGACUCAGGAACCGGAGCCAGCAGCUGCCCUUCCUCCGCCAUCUGACUCUGCUGCAUCAUCUGGAGGGCUGCACAUGAGUGAACCUCAGACAAAAGCAGACAAGAUUAAACUGGCUCUGGAGAAGCUGAAAGAAGCCAAUGUGAGGAAGUUGAUAGUAAAGGUACUGAUGAGCGACGGCAGCUCCAAGACACUGAUGGUGGAUGAGAGACAGACGGUCCGAGAGGUUUUGGACAAGCUGUUUGAGAAGACACACUGUGACUGCAGCAUCAACUGGAGCCUGUGUGAGACCAACCCUGAGCUGCACACUGAAAGAGGCUUUGAGGACCAUGAGCACUUAGUGGAGCCCCUGUCUGCAUGGACUCGCAGCAGUGAAAACAAGAUCUAUUUUGUGUCAAGACCUCAGAAGUAUGUGAUGUUUACAGACCCUCAAUUAUUUUACAUGUGGAAGAAGAAGAAAGCGAGCUUGAAUGGGAUGAAUAUGCAAGCCAAGCAGCUCUUAGUCAAGGAGCAUUUUGGAGGUUCCACUCUGAUUGUUCCUGACCUUGAGGGCACACUGCACUUAAAGGAAGAUGGGAAAAAGGUUUGGAAACCUCGCUACUUCAUGCUCAGAGCCUCGGGCAUCUACUUUGUGCCGAAAGGAAAGACAAAGUCUUCCAGUGAUCUUGCCUGCUUUGUCCAUUUUGAAAAAGUCAACAUCUACAGCACCAACAACUACAAACAGAAAUACAGAGCUCCCACCGACUUCUGCUUCAUACUGAAGCAUCCCUGCAUCCAGAAAGAGUCGCACUACAUCAAGUUCCUGUGCUGUGACAAUGAACACACACUGUUGCUUUGGAUGAACUCCAUCAGAAUAGCCAAGUAUGGGACAGCCCUGUAUAAAAACUACCAGGCUGCAAAGAAAAGAGCGUCCAGUUUGAAAACUCCCCACUCUGUUGCACACGGAGACAGAUCCAACAGUCAUGUUGAAGACUAUCCACAUGAGCCUCCACCUGACUUCAUCCCUCCUCCUCCUCCUGGACACACACACGUUUGAGAGCCCUCGCUCCUUCCUCCGUCAGCUAGCCUGAUUUAGCUCAUUUAACCUCCCUGUGCACACGUUAAGUCCAUUUAUACCAGGAGUCAUCAACUACAU